UUUUGCACAACAGAGGAAGAAAGAAGCAGAAGAAAACUGAAGAAAUGUGGACUUGUGUUUUUCUAGUUUGUGUUACGGGUGUGUUUGGUGUUGAUGCAGAUGAAGUGAAUCAGUGUCAGUGAUGGAGGGAGAUUCUGUCACUCUACACACUCAUCUUACUCGCAUACAGAGACGUGAUCAGAUACUGUGGAUGUGUGGAGCUAAAGGGAGUCGUAUAGCUGAAAUGUAUUUAGGAGCAAAGAGCAUUUGUGGAAGACGUUCAGUGUAACUGUGAAUGGUGUGUUUGGUGUUGAUUCAGAUGAAGUGAAGUCAGUGUCAGUGAUGGACGGAGAAUCUGUCACUCUACACACUCAUCUUACUCACAUACAGAGACGUGAUCAGAUACUGUGGAUUUUUGGGGCUAAAGGGAGUCGUAUAGCUGAAAUAUAUAAGCAAAGCAUUGAUAUAGAGGGCGGUAUUGAGAUUUUUGGAGACAGACUGAAGCUUAACGGUCAGACUGGAUCUCUCACAAUCACAAACAUCACAAUCACAGACUCUGGACUUUAUAAACUACAUAUCAUUAGAGACAGAGAAACUUCAUAUAAAAGAUUCAAUGUUACUUUCUAUGCCCGUCUGCCUGUUCCUGAAAUCAACCAUACCAAUAACUCUUCAAACUGUUCUUCAUCAUCUGAAAGAUCUUCAGUGUCAAAAUGUGUGUUGUUGUGUUCAGUGAUGAAUGUGACACAUGUGAGUCUCUCCUGGUACAAAGGAAAUAGUUUAUUGUCCAGCAUCAGUGUGUUUGAUCUCAACAUCAGACUCUCUCUACCUCUGGAGGUGGAAUAUCAGGAUACAAACACAUACAGAUGUGUGGUGAACAAUCCCAUCACAAACCAAACACAACAUCUAGAAAUCAAUCAACUCUGUGGGUCAUGUUCAGCUUUCAUGCAGAAGCCACAUUUGGUGGGAAUCACAGUUUUUAUUGUAAUGCUGGUUGUGGCGACUGCAGCUCUGAGUGUAAUGUGCCGUCUCUACAACAGGAAAACUAGACACAUGAGACAUGUGGGCAAGUAUUGUGUUUUUUUAUUAUAUUAGUUUCUUAUUAGAUUAUUUCAUGUGGUGUGAAAACUGAUUAUUGUUGUAAACAGUUCAGACUCAUGAUGAG